UUGCCAUCCAUGUGAAAAAAGCAGAGAAACAGAGAAGUUUAAGGAAUACUUGGAUUAAAAGGUUUACUUAUCUCCGGGAAGUCAGCGCAAAAUGACUAGUCAUUACGAAGGAGGGAAAUAUAGAUGUGAAAUAUGCUAUGAAGUAUAUUCUUUCGUAAGUCAACUUACAUCACACAUGAAAAAUCACACUAGUGAGAAAAACAAUAGAUGUGAUAUAUGUGAUAAGUCCUUUACCCGUUAUAGUAAUCUGAAAGCUCAUACUAUAAUUCACACUGGUGAGAGAAAUUAUAAAUGUGAAAAUUGUGAAAAAUCAUUUUAUUCUAAAUGUGACCUUAAAAAACAUUUUCGAAUACAUACAGGAGAGAAGAAUUUCACAUGUAAAAUUUGUGAUGUCUCAUUCACGUAUAGCAGUAAUCUUAAAAGACAUUUGCAAAUUCAUACUGGUGAAAAGAACUAUGUGUGUGAAAUAUGUGACAAAGCAUUUGCCCGUGGUAGUAGUGUCAAAGAACAUAUGGUCGUUCACACUGGGACAAAAAACUAUAAGUGUGACGUAUGUAGUAAAUCAUUCACUCAAAGAGGUGGUCUUCAAACGCAUAUGAACAUUCACACAGGAAUAAAAAAAUUUAAGUGUGAAAUAUGUGACAAAACAUUUACCCGUGGCAGUGGUCUCAAAGUACACAUGGCCAUACACACUGGUACAAAAAGCCAUAAGUGUGACAUGUUCAGCAACUCAUACACUGAAAUAGUUCAUCUUCAAAGGCAUAUGAACAUUCACACAGGAAUCAAAAAGUAUAAGUGUGAAAUAUGUGAGAAAACAUUCGCGCAAAAGUGUGGACUUAAAAGGCAUUUGACAAUUCACACUGGCCAAAAAGACUUUCAAUGUACAAUAUGUGAUAACACAUUUACUAGAAAAGAACACCUUAAAACGCAUAUGUUUAUUCACACUGGUGAGAAAAACUAUAAAUGUGAAAAGUGUGAUAAAACAUUCUUACAAAAAGGUACAUUGAAUUCACAUAUGAUUAUCCAUACUGGCUUGAAAAUGUUUAAAUGUGAUCUCUGUGAUAAGUCCUUUACUCGUUAUAGUAAUCUGAAAGAUCAUACUCUAAUUCACACUGAGGAUAUUGCAUGA